AUGGCCGCCCCUAAUUGCAAUACAGCAAAUGUCUCGAAGCGAGAUGCCUCGGGGUAUUUACCUAUUGAGAAUUACGGAAUGAUCGGCAACAUGCGAACGUGUGCACUUGUAAGCAUGGACGGCAGUGUUGGUAAGGAUUCCAUGCCCGAGUUUGAUUCACCAUCGAUAUUCUGCCGUCUUCUUGACAAAGACAAGGGCGGCUACUUCAGUGUUUCUCCUUCUGUGGAUUGCACAACUAAGCAACAAUACCUGCCUUCCUCUGCUAUCCUGCAAACCAGAUACAUACAUGAAAGCGGCGUGGUCGACUUGGUUGAUUUUUUCCCUCGGCCAAGGACAACCAACAUUCUGGCUAGUGGUUACAAGCAUAAUGCCUACCGUGAGACCAAGCCAGUGCAGGAGGAGCUGAAGAAAUGGCUAGUCAGGCGAGUAGAAUGUAUUCGAGGAGAACUUGAUCUGGAUGUGGACAUAUACCCAGCUUUCGGCUAUGGGAAAGAAUCUCACACAACCACUAUUAUCCAGCAUGUACUCAAGUCGUUCGACUGCAAGAGCAAGACUGUGACGUUCCACAGCGAGCAUGAAAAGCUUCAAUUGGACGUUACCAUUGAUCAUGGAGAUGAAGAGAAAAAAAGCUGCCCUUCAGUCAUCUUUAAGAAAGAGAAAAAAGAUGGUAUGCUUGGGGAGGGCGUGACUGCUAAAAUUCGCUUAUGCGAAGGUCAAGCAGUAUCAUUCGUCCUUCGUGCUGACAUUGAGGAUCAUGUCACGCAACAUGUUACAACACCAAUUAUCGAUAAGCACCAGAAUGAUACGCAGACAUUCUGGUUUAACUGGCUUGCAAAGAGUAGAUAUCGGGGGGGAUGGCGCGAAAUUGUGGCACGGAGCCUGAUGAUCCUGAAGAUGCUUACUUACGAACCAACCGGUGCCAUUGUUGCAGCACCCACAUUUUCCAUUCCCGAAGAUGUGGGCGGCGUCAGGAACUGGGAUUACCGCUUUUCUUGGAUUCGCGAUAGCAGCUUCACCAUCUACAUUCUUCUACGAAUGGGAUUUACGGAAGAGGCAGACGCCUACAUGGGUUUUAUCAACAACCGCUUCCAAAAUGCCACUACAAAAGAUGAUAAGUUCUCUGGACUGCCCAUCAUGUUCACCAUUAGGGGCGAGACAGAUAUCCCUGAGGAGGAGCUCAGUCAUCUAGAUGGCUACAAGAAUAGCCGACCUGUCCGUAUCGGUAAUGGUGCAGCUUUCCAUCAGCAGUUUGAUAUCUAUGGUGAGCUGAUGGACGGUAUUUACCUUUACAACAAAUACGGAAAACCCGUAUCAUGGGAAACUUGGGUCUCUGUGCGAAAGAUGCUUGACUACGUUCUGACAAUAAUCGAUGAACCUGAUAUGAGUAUCUGGGAAGUUCGCAACCACAAGCAAAACUUCGUAUACUCGAAGGUCAUGAUGUGGGUAGCCUUUGAUCGCGGUCUGCGACUGGCAGAGAAGCGAUGUCUGCCCUGUCCCAACCGAACCAAAUGGCUGGAAGCCCGAGACAAACUCAUGGAGGAAGUCAUGGAGAAGGGAUAUAACAAGGAGAUGGGCUGCUUUGUGCAAAGCUACGAGAACAACACCAUGCUCGACUCAUCUAUCCUCAUCGCGCCUCUGGUCUUCUUCGUCGCUCCUAAUGAUCCUAGAUUCCUCCGGACCAUGGACCGCAUUCUCAUGCCGCCCGAGAAGGGCGGUCUUACUAGCACGGGACUUGUCUAUCGCUAUGACACAGAACUGUCCGAGGAUGGCGUCGGUGGUCGCGAGGGAGCCUUUUCGAUGUGCACGUUUUGGUUGGUAGAAGCCAUGACGCGGGCGAGCAUUUACGAGCCCAAAUACCUCGGCCGAGCCAUCAACCUCUUUGAGAACAUGCUCAGCUUCUCCAACCACCUCUCCAUGUUCUCUGAAGAGAUUGCGAGAUCAGGCGAGCAGCUUGGUAACACACCGCAAGCCUUCAGUCACCUGGCACUUAUCAGUGCGGCGUUCAACCUGGACCGAGCGCGGGAGCACAAGAGAUGAACCAGGAAAUGCUUCUUCUCCAGGGAGCGGAAGGACGUUGUGCAGUCGAGUCUGGACACGGGCCUUCUGGCUUGCAACGUCUACUUUUGCACUAAUUACGCCUAUGACACGAACUCAGAUAUGUUAGGUCACAUCAGGGAACAGCAUGGUCUGACACUGCUUUUUAGUCUCGCAAAUAGUCAAGAAUCGCCAAUUCAAUGCAAUUCGAGAGUAGGGCAUGCGCAAAACUACUGCUAUAAGAUCGUUGAUUUAAUGGUUUCGAUGUUCACAAUGCGCAGUAGUUUGGUAAUUCCCAGUUUUGAAUUUUAUGAAGGUGUAUGUUUGAUAUUGCUCUCCUUUUGUCUUCCGCAUUUCCCAACAUCAACCAUAACGCCAGAACCUUGUAUCAAUACUAGUCGUGAUGAUGCCAUCCACGGGUUGUGGUUGGCGACAGACAAUGUAUACAAAUUUAAUUCCUGAACAGAUGUUGUUAAUCCAAACCACC